AUGGAGUCUGCACCGCACGUAAAAUUCCCCAAUCCAUUCCCGUGCGCCUCUCCGUCUCCUAGUCCCAGACGCUCGCAUCCACUGGAACCGAAGGCGACCAGGUCGACAUGCCGCGGAUUCAGAGCAGUGUGCGGGGUGUCCGGGAGGAGAGCUGUUUCAGGGCUGGCUCUUCUUGGCGCCGCUGCCUCUUGCGCGAAUCUCCUCGGCGUGCCCAUGCCGGUGCAGGCAGCAAUGCUGGAGCCCGAUGUCAUCAGGUACAGAAAGCUGGACAGUGGAGUAAAGCUUGAAGAUGUAGUCGAUGGCGAAGGGCCGGAGGCUCGGGAAGGCGAUUUAGUGCAAUUCAACUACGUGUGCCGCCGUGCAAAUGGUUAUUUCGUGCAUAGCACGGUGAAUCAGUUCAGCGGCGAGAGUAAGCCGGUGACACUUCGACUCGACGUGCAAGAGAUGAUUCGGGGCCUCAAAGACGUCAUAGUCGGCAUGAAAGCCGGAGGCAAGAGGAGGGCUCUGAUAUCCCCUGAAGUAGGCUAUAUCGACGAGAGCUUGCAGCCCGUACCGGAGGAGUUUGGACCACGCCGGAGCCUGCUGUCGCAUGCCAAGGAACCGCUGGUGUUUGAGGUUCAGCUGCUCAAAGUCCUGUGA